AUGGGUUUCGUUAGCAAUGCUCUCUACUACAGCUUCCAUCCGAUCCAAUUGAGGUCAAUCAUCCAAUGGAAAGUUUGGCACAACCCGCCGCACGAGCGCAAUGAUAAGGACGACACCGAAACACAAAAGAAAUGCUUCCAAUUCCUGGACCUGACCAGUCGCAGUUUCAGCGCGGUUAUCAAGGAGCUGCACCCGGAGCUUUUGUUCCCUGUGUGUGUGUUCUACCUUGUCCUCCGUGGUCUGGACACUAUUGAGGACGACACCUCCAUUGAUCUUAAGACGAAGGAGCCGCUGCUCCGGGGCUUCAAGGAUAUUUUGGAGCAAGAUGGCUGGACCUUCAACGGAAACCGCCCGGAGGAGAAGGAUCGGGAACUGCUGGUUCAGUUCGACAACGUCAUCGCCGAGUUCAAGAACAUGAAGCCUGCCUACCAGGUCAUCAUCAAGGACAUCACCGACAAGAUGAGCAACGGUAUGGCCGACUACUGCAUCAAGGCGGCGAGCGAUGAUGCCAGUGUCAAGACCAUCGAGGAAUAUGACUUGUACUGCCACUAUGUCGCCGGUCUGGUCGGAGAGGGUCUGACCCGUCUCUUUGUUGAGGCUGACUUGGCAAACCCCGCCUUGCUCAAACGCGCCCGUCUCCACAAGUCCAUGGGUCUGUUCCUGCAGAAGACCAACAUCAUUCGAGACAUUCGCGAGGACUUUGACGACGAUCGGCGGUUCUGGCCCCAGGAGAUCUGGUCCAAGCACGUGGAUAACUUCGAAGAUCUGUUCAAGCCGGAGAACCGGGAUGCGGCUCUUAACUGCAACGCCGAGAUGAUUCUCAAUGCCCUGGAACAUGUGGAGGACUGUCUUUUCUACCUGGCGGGCUUGCGGGAACAGAGUGUGUUCAACUUCUGUGCCAUUCCCCAGGCCAUGGCCAUUGCCACGUUGGAGCUGUGCUUCCGCAACUAUGACGUAUUUGAGCGCAACGUGAAGAUCACCAAGGGUGAUGCCUGUGAACUGAUGGUGCAGUCGACACAAAAUCUGCAGACCCUAUGCCAGACUUUCCGUCAAUUUGCCCGCAAAGUUCACAAGAAGAAUACUGCGAAGGACCCCAACUUCCUAAAGAUCAGCAUUGAGUGCGGAAGGAUUGAAAAGUUCAUCGAGACCAUCUUCCCGACCCAAAAUGCCGAAGAUGCCCAGCGUCGGGUCACCGGCGAGCUUACCGCGGCACAGGCCAAGAAGCGCGAGGAAGAUGCCGAGAACAAGGCUGAUAUCUGGUUCAUGAUGCUGCUCAUGGGUGCUGUUAUUUUCUUCGUCGCAGGCACCAUGGUCUUUGCUGCUUGGUGGAUGGGCGCUCGCUUUGAUCUUGCCUGGCAAGAGCUUAAGGCGGGCAAUUUCCGCCCCCCACCUCAGACCCAGGAGAAGAUGGCGCGAAAGCUGGCUGCUGCGUCCGCAUCCGCUGUCGCUGUCGCCCGGGACGAGCUGUGA